AUGCUUUAUCAAAGCGUCAUUCUCGGCCUCGUCGCCACAGCCACAGCAAUUGAUAUCCGCUUCUACACCAACCGCAAUGGAGCUUGUUUCGAGGGCCCAUGGAUUGGCUUCGCAAACGUCAACCCAGGUGUAUGCUGCAUCCCUGCCGGUGCGAAUGCCAACACCUUCUGGGCCACUGCUGGUCUUCACGCGAUUCCUAAGGGAUGGCGUAUCAUGGGUCGAGGCUAUGGUAAUUCUAGAUGUAAUGAGUUACCGAUGCAGUACGCCAGCGGCAACGGUAACGGAGCAGACUUGUGUCUGCCCCACAAUGGCAACAGUCUCAAGAGCGCAAAAUACGACUUUGUUCAGAGUGGUCAGAAGAGAGAUGUUAAAGACGAAGAAUGUAAAGAUCGAACAAAGGCAUCUGAGCUAGGUCUGGGUGAUGGAAAUGUUUAUGAUAUCAGCAACAUGACUGAUGAAGACGUUAAUAACCUGGACAACCUCUCCCACAAAGAACUCGUUCAUGUCACAUUAAUAUGCUAA